AUGGCAAGACGAGAUUUGACCUUUAAUACUCCAAAUAGGGACCCAGAUGAAGAAUCAGGGGUCGAGAACCCGUUUGGAACACCUGUCGACGAAGAAAGUUCUUCAUUAGGACUGAACCAACAGUCUACAUCUAGCCAGCUGGACGACUAUAAUCGGAUGAAUAAUCAUAUGAAUGAACAAAGCUACGGACACGCAUUUAAUGUUUAUAAUGGGUAUUAUUCUCGCACUGGAACCACAACAAACUUGAUGUCUAAUGUCACCCCGACUAGUGGAGGGUAUAAUAAUAAUAAUCACAAUAAUGAUUCACUAGGAAUUUCUAAUUUGGAGAUACCACGAAACAUACAACUGCCCAUAGAGUUUGACAGAUACCCUUCGAACUUUAGUAGUUGUAAUAAUAUUAGCAGUUUAGUCAACUCCAAACAAGAUGAAAAUGAUUUACCAGUGUCAAAAAUAUCUUCUAGUCCCUUUUUACCAGGAAAUGAUUUCAGUCCAUUCGGUGGGUACCCUGCUUCAUCGUUUCCUUUGCAUAUAGAUGAGAAGGAAGCAGAUGAUUAUUUACACAACCCAGACCCCAUCAAAGAUGCGGAUUAUGAUAAAAACAGAUUCAUUCAUGACUUGAAAAAUAUGGACAGAAGAUCGCUAGGCGGAUUAAUAGGGGUUAUAUUUUUAAUUUUGGCAGCAGUUGCGGUGUUUAUCUUAUUGCCUGUAUUGACAUACUCUGGUGUUACUGAUCCAUACGUGCCAGAGAGUUAUGAAAUUUUAACUCAAUAUCGAUAUCCUUUAUUGAGUGCUAUCAGAACCGAUUUG